AGAAAGAGAGAGAGUUUAAUGCAACGAAUCAUCAUCACCGUCUAUUUCUAUUCUUACUAAUCCAUCACCGUCCAUUUCAUUACUGUGUUGGUGUAGAAACGAAUCAUCACCGUCUACUUCUUUCUUACUUGGCCGCAACUUCCAACCACACCACACUCUUUCUAUUAUUUCCUUUAUAUAUUCAUUCCUAUCUCAAAAGUUCUUGGAGACUACUUAUAAACCUUAAAGAAGUAAAAAACACAAAAACAUGGAAUCUCAGCUCUUUGUUCAUGUCUCUUGUGUUGCCGUGGCGGUUGCAUUCUUAGGCUUGGUUCAUGUCUCUGUCUCAGUUCCCUUCAUAAUGCUUCAUGGAAUCUCAGCUCAAUGUUCUAAUGCUAGAGAUGCUAACUUCACACAUCUUCUCACUAACCUCUCUGGCUCUCCUGGCUUUUGCUUAGAAAUUGGGAAUGGAGUAGGCGAUUCAUGGUUAAUGCCACUCACACGGCAAGCGGAAAUAGCGUGUGAGAAGGUGAAGCAAAUGAAAGAGUUGAGUCAAGGUUACAACAUUGUUGCAAGAUCUCAGGGGAACCUAGUGGCUCGAGGUUUGAUCGAGUUCUGCGAUGGUGGACCUCCGGUUUACAACUAUAUAUCCUUAGCUGGUCCUCAUGCUGGCAUCUCCUCUGUUCCUAUGUGUGGUUCUGGUUUAUUCUGUAAGUUAGCAGAUGACCUAAUCAAGGGAGAUAUCUAUAGCGACUUCAUUCAAGAUCACCUUGCUCCAAGUGGUUACCUCAAAAUCCCUACUGAUAUGACAAAGUACCUGGAAAGCUCAAAGUAUCUACCUAAGCUUAACAAUGAGAUACCAAACCAAAGAAACUCAACUUACAAAGACCGUUUCACCAGUUUACAUAACCUGGUUCUUGUCAAGUUCCAGGACGAUAAGGUUAUUGUUCCAAAAGAUUCAUCUUGGUUCGGGUUUUAUCCGGAUGGCGAAUUCGAACCUCUUCUCUCUGCUCAACAGACAAAGCUAUAUACAGAGGAUUGGAUCGGUCUGAAAACAUUGGAUGUUGCUGGGAAAGUGAAGUUUGUGAGUGUAGCUGGUGAACACAUCAGAAUGGCAAACGAAGAUGUCGUCAAAUACGUUGUACCGUAUCUCCAGAACCAACCGUCGUCUCCCAUACAAAGACUCAACCGCAAGACCAAAGAGCCCUUGCAUCCUUAAAUGAGCAAAUACCUAAAUUUUUAUAGUUAUUUAUGCAAUGUCUAAAAAGCUUAGUGAUGCAUGAUUUUGUAGAACAAGAAUCCUUAUUCUUAUAUAAAUACAUACAUACCUAUCUGAAUUAUUAUA